AUGCUAUCACUAUCGCAAGCGGCCGCCUCCAGAAAUUCAUCCAGGCCAAUACACCCAUCAAUUCACCUCUAUCAAUUUAAUAUUCUCUCAAUGGCCAGAUUACCCACGAUUAAAAAGCGUAAGUUUAACAAUUCGCGCGAUGCGGGAAAUUUCACUGAGACCUCGCGUGCUACGUCUCGUCAAAAAACCGCAUCAACGCAGUCUAGUAAAUGGGAUGUCGAGCAAGAUUAUGAGAUAAAACCACGGAAAAGAAAAAAAGGAAACGAAAAUACAAGGCUCCCAACUAAAAAUAGCGAUGGCGUUAUUCAACCUGCACCAGACCUUGACGAGGAAGAUGAAUCCGAAAGUGAAAUAGAAUUGUCGGGGGUCAACGAAACAACUUUGAAAUCUGAUGAUACUCCAGACAAGCCUGUAGUCUCCUACAAACAACAGAUUAUAGAUGCCCAAGAGGAGCUUGCCAAAAUUGCCAUCCUGCUCAGAGAAAAUGAUCCAGAGGAGCACGUUGGAGCUCUCAAAACAUUGGCGCAAUUCGCAAAAUCACCCAAUAUCACUAUUAAAAAAUACGCCCUAAUGACCCAACUAAAAAUUUACAAGGAUUUAAUACCUGGAUAUCGGAUCCGACAGUUAUCUGAAGAAGACAUGAAAACCAAGGUGGGCAAAGAAGUUAAGAGACUUCGAGCAUAUGAACAAGGGCUAGUUGGAGGCUACUAUCGCUACAUUCAGGACCUCUCAAAAUUAGCUCACAAUGGUGGAGGCGGUAAAACUGGGGGAGAAAACCCAAGUCUCUGCUCGGUCGCCAUAUCGUGUGCUUGUGCCUUACUGAUUGCAGUUCCUCACUUUAAUUUUCGGGGAGAGCUUUUGAAAAUUAUAGUUAAAGUUUUGAGUUCACGAAAAAUUGAUGCGGAUUUUAUAAAGUGUAGGCAAACAAUUGAAACCUUAUUCCGUGAGGAUGAAGAUGGGAAUGCUUCCCUAGAUGCAGUAAUUCUUCUGACAAAGAUGAUGAAAGGCAGAGGAUUUCAUAUUGACGAGAGUGUCCUCAAUACUUUUCUGCAUUUAAGACUCCUUACCGAAUUUUCUGGUAAAGCCUCGACUAAUUCCAUUGAUCGAGAGGAAAAGGACAAGACCUAUGGGAAGAAAUUAAAAGAGAAGAGAGUAUUUCGAACCAAGAAGGAGAGAAAGCUAAUGAAAGAACGAGAGGCUGUCGAAAAAGAAAUGAAAGUUUCAGAAGCUAUCGUCAGCCAUGAAGAGAGAGAUCAUCACCAAGCAGAGAUUCUUAAAAAAGUUUUUGUGACAUAUUUUCAAAUCCUAAAAACACGAUCCCCAAAUCUCAUGGGAGCUGUGCUCGAAGGACUUGCCAGCCAUGCUCACCUUAUCAAUCAAGAAUUUUUUGGAGACAUACUCGAGGCAUUGAAAGACCUAAUACGCCUAUCAGACACUCAAUCACAUUUUGAAACGGAAGAAAAAGCCGAAGAACCAGUGAAAAAUCACACUCGGGAAGCCCUUCUAUGUAUAGUGACAGCAUUGACACUCCUUGAAGGGCAAGAUGCUGCCAAGGCUCAAACAUCACUGUGUCUUGAUUUAAGUUUCUUUGUCAACCACCUCUAUAGAACGCUCACUGCCCUUUCCUUAAACCCCAACAUCGAGCUUAGCACCAAAUCAUUGCAUCUCAGUGACCCAAGCGAUGCCAUGUCGCCCUCAACGACCGUCAAUAACAAAAUAAAUAUUCAAACUACAAUGGUUCUACUCCUCCGAUCUAUUUCUUCUGUACUUACUCCAACGCUAGCGGCUCGGGCUGUACCUCCGCUUCGAAUAGCAGCCUUCACCAAGCAACUCUUGACAUCUUCUCUGCAUAUACCGGAGAACUCAUGCAUUGCCUUGAUUAGCUUCAUGGAAAAGCUAACUAAAAUUCAACAGAAAAAAAUUGCGCCCCUUUGGAACACUGAGGACAGGAGAGGGGAUGGGGUAUUCAACGCAUUAUGUGGCGAAGCAGAGGCUAGUAAUCCUUUCGCUACCACAAUAUGGGAAGGCGAAUUGUUGAGAAAACACUUCUCGCCUGGUGUAAGAGAUAGGGUUAAGACGAUGGAAAAAAAUAUACUAGGAUUGAGGUAG